GACAGCAGCACGCCGCCCGCAGUGUAGACACGGGUGCCAGUGCUCAGAACAGCGCGUGGGGAGGCUGGAGAUGGCAGGGAACGAGGAUGCCGAGAGAGCCCACCAUCACCAGGGCGGCUACGAGGAGCGAGAGGGGGGUCCCGGAAGGAGACCGGCUUCCUCUCUCUCCGAGACCCAGGCCCUUUUGGAUAAGGACGAACACAGCAGCACACAGUCAUCUCAUCGGCUGCUGGCGUACAGCGACGCUCUCAUUUCCAUCAUAGCAACCAUCAUGAUCCUGCCUGUCGCACACACCAAACUUGAAGACGAUGAGGAGUUGCAUCACAAUCUGCAGUUGCUCCUGACCACCAAGAUCGCCGUGUACCUGAUGAGCUUCCUGCUGGUCUCUAUGGCAUGGUCUGCCCAUACAAGGUUAUUUGAAGUAAUCACUCGAGUCGAUGACUGCCUCUCAUUCUUGAAUCUAGCAUGUAUGAUGUUGAUAACGUUCCUUCCCUACACGUUUUCCCUAAUUGCUGCCUUCCCGGAUGACAUCUUGGGAUUGAACCUCUUCUGCGCCUGUGUCAUGAUGAUUGGCCUGAUGCAGGCCGCCAUCGUCCUCUACGGGUUCAGCCACCCGCAGAUCCUGAACAAGACGCACACGCUUCACAAAAGGCACAUUUUAAAAGUUAUCCUGAGAGUCCCGCUCCUGUGCCUCAUCGCAGCCUCCCUCUCCUUUGUCUGCAUCCCCCUGUCAUUUGUCACCAUGGCCUGUGCUGUCUUCCUUCCCUACAUCUCUCAAUUUUUUAAACGGUGUUACAGAAAACUAAUUGGUCUGCAGACCACGCCCCCAGAUGAUGCUGUAGGGCAGUACUCUUACCACCCCAGGGAACCUCUUUCCAAAGAGCGCCUGGAAGGUUUCACUGAUGGAGUCUAUGCCAUCGUAGCCACGCUCCUCAUUUUAGACAUAUGUGAAGACAACAUCCCAGAGCCCAGCGAGCUGAAGGACAGGUUCAAUGGCAGCUUGACUGUAGCUCUGCAGGAGUACGGCCCCAACUUCCUGGCCUACUUCGGUUCUUUCGCCACAGUUGGCCUGCUCUGGUGUGUGCACCACUCCCUCUUCCUGCAUGUGGUCCGGCCCACCCGCACUAUGGGGCUCCUCAACACCUUCUCCCUGGCUUUCGUCGGCGGCCUGCCCCUCUGCUACCAGCUGACCCACGAGCUGCCGCAGAGCUCGCUGAACGAGCGGGAGGCCGUGCAGAUCAGCUGCGUCAUCCUCUUCUUGGCCGGCUUCUUCCAGCUUGCCAUCUGGGUGGUGGCAUUGGUGGCCGGGGGCGGGGACCUGCACGUCUACGUGCGUUACCGUGGACGCAGCCACGCCUUCAUGCUCGCCAAGCUGGCGCUGUACCCCAGCGCGGCCCUGGGCACCUUCUGCCUGGCUUCUGCUCCUGGCUGCUCCAGCGCCUUUGUCUUCCACCUGAUGGGAGUCACUGUGCCUUUAGCUUUCCUGGUGCUGCGGUACGCUGUACAAGCCUGGCUGGCUCUGCUAAGACUCCUGCGGUCCAAAUGGGAGGGGCCACUAUGGGAAAGCCCCACCCCCUAUCCCAUCACUGGGGCAACUUAACAGGAAGCAGUCAUAUAAGGAUAGAAACACUCAGAAAAGGAGCAGUGACGAGGUGGAUCUGUUGGACCUUUGCUCUGUAUUCAGGGUCACAUGACAAUUAGCUGUAUGUAUUCAUGAUAUGAAAUCAGUGUUUCUCAACUGGUGUGUCGUGGUGUGUGUGAUUUAAAAAAAAUAAUAGGCUACUUUUACCCCCAGUCUCCCCCUAAACCAACAACUUUUUUCAGUCACAACUUAACGAUCAUGGAAAAAUAUGAAAUAGCAUGCCAUAUGUACAAAAGGUUGAUUAGAAAUGUAAUAAAUUGCAAAAUACUUGGAACUGAAUUUUAUUGAACACUGUUUCUUAGUACAAUACGCAUAUUUAUCUGUGACAUG